AUGGAUCCCGCAACGGCUGGAGCUUCCAAGCACCAAGGCGAUGAUGCUCCAGAGCUUCUCAUUGACGGUGAAGCUGCUCAGCAUGCAAAGGGCGCCGCACACAAACACAGCAGAGGCUCCAUUGAGGAUCCUACAUCUGCGCCUAUAGACUCCGAUUCUGACGAUCUCGAACCCAUCACUCGACGCGGAACUCAAGCGAUGAUGGACGACCAAGACAGAUCUGAGUUGGUACGAAUUGCUACAGUCCUCUCUCGUCGCCGUUCUAGCAUAGCGACCCAUCCCAUUCCGACUAUCUCCCUUGGCGAUAUCGAUGAAAACGCCCCCGUUUUCAAUCCCGAGCAUCGAGACUUUGACCUUGAGAAAUGGCUUCGCCGGUUCAUGGAGCAACUCGGUGAAGAAGGUAUUUCCGAGAAGUGUGUGGGUGUCUCGUAUCGAAACCUCGACGUCUUUGGCUCUGGGGAGGCUUUGCAACUUCAAGACACUGUUGGAUCCAUGGUUGCAGCCCCGUUAAAGCUUGGAGAGUUUUUUAGCUUCAAUAAGAAGGAGCACAAGCAGAUUUUGCACAGCUUUGACGGGUUUUUGCGGCCUGGAGAGCUAUUGAUCGUGCUAGGUCGUCCAGGGUCUGGCUGCAGUACUCUACUGAAGACAAUUUGCGGUGAAUUGGAGGGCCUCAACAUUGGCGAGCAAACCAAGAUCCACUACAGCGGUAUUCCGCAGAAGCAGAUGAUUCAUGAAUUCAAGGGAGAAACUGUCUACAACCAGGAGGUUGACAAACACUUCCCCCAUCUAACUGUUGGCCAAACUCUUGAAUUUGCGGCUUCAGUCCGUACUCCCCAGCAACGUGUUCAAGGAAUGUCUCGUGUCGAGUAUUGCCAAUAUAUUGCAAAGGUCGUCAUGGCUGUUUUUGGUCUCAGCCAUACAUACAAUACCAAAGUCGGAAAUGACUUUGUUCGAGGUGUCUCUGGCGGUGAGCGAAAGCGAGUCAGCAUCGCUGAAAUGGUGGUGGCCGGCUCGCCUUUCACUGCGUGGGAUAACAGCACUCGCGGUCUCGACUCGGCUACUGCCCUGAAGUUUGUUCAGGCACUGCGACUGGCUUCUGACCUUGGCCACCAAGCUAAUGCCGUUGCCAUAUACCAAGCAAGCCAGUCUAUCUAUGACCUGUUUGACAAGGCAACCGUCCUUUAUGAAGGUCGUCAGAUCUAUUUUGGACCUGCCAAUCAGGCCAAGCGCUACUUUGAAAAGCAAGGAUGGUUCUGCCCUGCGCGUCAGACCACUGGCGACUUCCUCACCUCCGUCACAAACCCUCAGGAGCGAGUGGCUCGCGAAGGCUUUGAAAACAAAGUUCCCCGCACUCCCGAGGACUUUGAGCGGCUCUGGCGCCAAUCCCCUGAGUAUCAAGCCCUUCUUCAAGACAUCGAUGCCCACAACAAGGAAUUUCUGGGUGAGAGACAAGGCGAGAGCAUCGCUCAGUUCAGGGAACAAAAGAACUUGCGACAGUCAAACCAUGUCCGCCCCAAAUCGCCCUAUAUCAUCAGUGUCUGGAUGCAGAUCAAGCUUUGUACCAAAAGAGCUUACCAAAGAAUCUGGAACGACAUAUCCGCAACUGCAACUCAGGCUAUAUCAAAUGUUAUUAUGGCACUCAUAGUUGGUUCAAUCUUCUUUGGUCAACCUGAUGCUACCAUCAGUUUCUAUGGCCGUGGCUCUGUUCUAUUCAUGGCUAUCCUUAUGAACGCUCUGACAUCGAUCUCUGAGAUCACUGGCCUAUAUGAUCAGCGGCCGAUUGUGGAAAAACACGCCUCAUAUGCAUUCUAUCACCCUGCCGCCGAAGCAGCGGCAGGGAUAGUUGCCGAUAUUCCUGUCAAGUUUGUCACUGCAGUUGCCUUCAAUCUUGUGUUGUACUUCUUGGCAGAUCUGCGCCGUCAACCUGGCCCGUUCUUCUUGUAUUUCCUGAUCACCUACAUCUCUACCUUCGUCAUGUCUGCUGUAUUUCGAACCAUGGCCGCUGCUACGAAGACGGUUUCACAGGCCAUGACAUUGUCUGGUGUCUUGGUUCUGGCACUGGUUAUUUACACCGGCUUCGCUAUCCCGGUACCCCUGAUGCAUCCCUGGUUUAGCUGGAUCCGAUGGAUCAACCCGGUUUUCUAUGCCUUUGAGAUUCUGGUAGCCAACGAAUUCCACAACCGCCAAUUCACUUGCUCCAGCAUUGUGCCACCAUACUCACCAAACAUUGGCAAUUCUUGGGUAUGCAAUGUAGCUGGUGCUGUACCUGGUCAGUACACUGUAAGUGGCGAUGCCUUCAUUGCCACAAAUUACGAGUACUACUACUCGCAUGUAUGGCGAAACUUUGGCAUCCUAAUAGGGUUCUUGGUAUUUUUCUUAAUCACUUACUUCAUCACCGUGGAACUGAACUCAGCAACCACCAGUACCGCCGAGGCGCUCGUCUUUCGCCGUGGCCACGUUCCAGCCUACCUUCAGAAGGGUAGCAAGCACGCUGUUCAGAAUGAUGAAGCCCCGACAACUGCUGAUGAGAAGACUGCGAAUGGCGAUGGCAAGACUGAGGUGAAGGCACUCGCGCCACACACUGAUAUCUUUACCUGGCGUGACGUGGUGUACGAUAUCGAGAUUAAGGGAGAACCUCGACGGCUUUUGGAUCAUGUUUCUGGUUGGGUUAAACCUGGCACGCUCACUGCCCUUAUGGGAGUUAGUGGCGCGGGUAAGACUACCCUGCUAGACGCUCUCGCUCAACGAACAACGAUGGGAGUCAUCACCGGUGAUAUGCUGGUCAAUGGUAAGCCGCUCGACCCUAGCUUUCAAAGAAAUACCGGUUAUGUGCAGCAACAAGACUUGCAUCUUGAAACUGCCACCGUUCGCGAAAGUCUAAGAUUUAGCGCCAUGCUUCGCCAGCCUAAGUCAGUAAGCAAGAAGGAGAAGUACGAGUUUGUUGAAGAGGUUAUCAAAAUGCUUAAAAUGGAGGACUUUGCCAAUGCUGUUGUUGGUGUUCCAGGUCAAGGAUUGAACGUCGAGCAGCGCAAGCUUCUCACUAUUGGUGUCGAACUGGCCGCUAAACCUAAGCUUCUUCUUUUCCUCGAUGAGCCAACAUCUGGCCUUGACUCGCAAAGUUCUUGGGCUAUUUGUGCUUUCCUUCGCAAGCUUGCAGACUCUGGCCAGGCUAUUUUGUGUACCAUUCAUCAGCCGAGCGCCGUCUUGUUUCAGGCAUUUGAUCGUUUAUUAUUCCUGGCUAAGGGCGGGAAAACUGUGUACUUUGGGAACAUUGGUGACAACUCACGGACUCUUCUUGACUACUUUGAGGUCAAUGGUGGUCGAAAGUGUGGUGAUGACGAGAAUCCUGCAGAAUACAUGCUCGAGAUUGUGAACAAGGGGCAGAACAACAAGGGAGAAGAUUGGCACGAGGUAUGGCACGCUAGCCCUCAACGAGAGGCCGUCAUGCAGGAAAUGGAAACUCUUCAUCGCGAUAAGCAACAAGAACCUCGAGCCGAAGGCGAGACAGUCAAACACACAGAGUUCGCCAUGCCUUUGGCAACUCAGAUCCAGGUUGUUACGCGUCGCAUCUUCCAGCAAUACUGGAGAAUGCCGAGCUACAUCUUUGCCAAGUUUGCCCUGGGUAUCUUUGCUGGUCUCUUCAUCGGUUUCACUUUCUUUGACGCCCCUCCCACCAUGGGUGGCACACAAAACGUCAUCUUCAAUACUUUUAUGCUUACAACCAUAUUCUCAUCAAUUGUGCAACAGAUUCAACCCCUAUUCGUUACGCAACGGUCUCUGUACGAAGUCCGUGAACGCCCCAGCAAAGCGUACUCCUGGGUUGCGUUCAUUUUUGCGAACAUUAUCGUCGAGAUUCCGUACCAAAUAUUUACGGCCAUCCUGAUUUGGGCUGCUUCAUACUACCCAGUUAUCGGCAUCCAGAGCUCCGCCAGACAAGGCCUGGUUUUGGCAUUUGUCAUCCAGCUGUUUAUCUACGCCAGUGCCUUUGCGCAUAUGACCAUUGUUGCCAUGCCUGAUGCCCAUACCGCGGGAAGCAUUGUCAAUGUUCUUGCCAUCAUGAGUAUUAUUUUCAGUGGUGUAUUGCAGACUGCAACAGCCCUGCCCGGAUUUUGGAUCUUUAUGUAUCGUAUUAGUCCCUUCACCUACUGGAUCGGCGGUAUUGUUGGUACUGAGCUUCACGGUCGCCAAAUUACCUGCUCAACGAGUGAGGCAAACAUUUUCAACCCUCCACAAGGCAUGACUUGUGGACAGUAUCUGCAGCCUCUUCUCGAGCAAGCACCUGGUACUCUACAGAACCCGGAUGCUACAUCAGAGUGCCGGUAUUGCGGCGUCAGCAAUGCCGACCAACUGCUGGCCGGCUCAGAUAUUUUCUGGAGCGAAAGGUUCCGCAAUUUUGGAAUUAUGUGGGCAUAUAUCGCAUUUAAUAUCUCCAUGGCGGUCUUGCUAUACUAUCUCUUCCGUGUUAAGAGGUGGCACAAAUGA